AAAUAAUUCCUUAAAAUAAUUCAGAGAGGACUAUCUGGCAUUGUUUUUUGAACGCUUAAGGCGCUUGAGUCUCUUAAGGCGUUACAAAAAUGAUAGGUGGAGUUUUUAUCUAUAACCACAAAGGAGAAGUUUUGAUAUCAAGAAUAUUUCGCGACGAUGUCUCAAGAAAUGCCGCAGACGCUUUUCGAGUCAAUGUAAUUCAUGCGCGACAACAGGUUCGCUCGCCCAUAAGCAUCGUAGCAAGGACAAGUUUCUUUCACGUCAAAAGAGCAAACAUUUGGAUAUGUGCUGUUGCUCGUCGAAAUGUUAAUGCUGCUAUGGUCUUUCAGCUGCUGCAUGCUCUUCUGAACCUAAUGAAGGAUUACUUCGGUAGAGUUACGGAGGAAAACAUAAAAAAUAACUUCGUUUUGAUAUACGAAAUUCUCGAUGAGGUGAUUGAUUAUGGAUAUGGACAGAAUACAGAUACAGGAAUUUUGAAAUCCCUCAUUACUCAGGCUGGGACACGCACAGCCACUAAAGAGGAGACUGCUCAAAUAACAAAUCAAGUUACUGGUCAGAUUGGAUGGCGCCGUGAAGGUAUAAAAUACAGAAGGAAUGAACUGUUUCUGGAUAUCAUGGAGUCGGUCAAUCUUCUUAUGUCACCACAAGGACAAGUUUUAUCUGCACAUGUGGCAGGUCGAGUGAUCAUGAAGUCUUAUUUAAGUGGUAUGCCAGAAUGUAAAUUUGGUUUUAAUGACAAAGUCAGUUUGGAAAAUAAACAACGAUCUACAGCUGGUACAGAAGACAGUAGUGGAGGUAUUGCAAUAGAUGACUGUCAAUUUCAUCAAUGUGUUAAACUGGGUCGAUUCGAAACUGAACAUACAAUCUCUUUUAUUCCACCAGACGGUGAAUUCGAGUUGAUGCGUUAUAGAACUACUAAGGAGAUCAGUUUACCAUUUCGUGUCAUACCAUUAGUUCGUGAACUUGGUAAAACUAAAAUGGAUGUUAAAGUAAUUUUAAAAGCUAAUUUUCGUCCUAAUUUAUUUGCACAAAAAAUUGAAGUUCAUAUACCGACUCCAAUGAAUACAAGUGGUGUACAAGUUGUAUGUAUGAAAGGUAGAGCAAAAUAUAAAGCAGCUGAAAAUGCUAUUAUUUGGAAGAUUAGACGAAUAUCUGGUAUGAAAGAUUGUCAAUUAUCUGCGGAAAUUGAAUUGUUACAAGCUUCAGAUAAACAAAAACGUUGGAUGCGUCCACCGAUUUCUAUGAAUUUCGAGGUACCAUUUGCACCGUCUGGAUUUAAAGUUCGUUUCUUAAAGGUAUUCGAAUCUAAAUUGAAUUAUUCAGAUCAUGAUGUAGUGAAAUGGGUUCGCUAUAUUGGUAAAAGUGGUUUAUAUGAAACAAGAUGUUAAACAGACAAUUUUCUUUGUUUGUAUUUUUCAAAUUCAUCAGCCUCUUAUCUUCACUUCAACAAAUCAACUUCUGUACUACUGUUUGUUUAAAUGAAUGAUUAUAACUGUUUUGUUUAUUCAACACUGCGAGAAAUUCAAUCAUAUAUAUAUAUAUAUAGACCCAUAUACAAAUACAAAAUUUGGCAUAAUAACCAACUAUGCAUAGUUUCCAAUCAAUUCAAAUGCUUAUCUUUUUUUUUCUCAUCUAAUAAAGAUCUUCAGUCUACAAACCACCCUUAAAUUUGCUUACUACACAUGUGUAAACGUAUAUUUGUAUGUUCAUCAUUCAAUAUAGUGAUAGGUAUACAAUUGUAUAAAGAAUGAUGAACAUAAUGGUAAGAAUUCAUUUGUGCAUUUCUAUGUUCGAUCCCGUGUUUAUUAUUCAAUUAUUCUAUGAUUCUUUCAACAUAAAUAUGUUCUUGUGUACUUUUUUUUCCCAUCUAAAAUUAAUGAUUAUAUUAAUUGUUAUUGUAAGCUAUUGUUUUGUCGAUUAUUCUGCCUAAUCAUUCCAUCUAUUCAUGAUUUUGCUUUGUACCAAUUCAUUCCUACAUAUUGUUUAUAAACUUUCCCUAUCUGUCCUCUAUUACUUCAAUUCGUAUUCUCUAUUUCAGUAAUUACUACUACUAGUACUACUACUACUACUACUUACAAUUGAUUAGAAAUCUCAAGUAAUAUCUAUUUACAUUUUGUUUUCAUUCCUAUGAUUUUUAUUGUUUUUGUUCACAUUAUCUCUCUCUACACUCUUUAUCUAAUCAUAUUUAGCAUUUUAUUAGUUAUUUCAUCAUACUACCAAUAAACCAAAAUAAAUUAACAGUAAUAUCUUGCUAUUAUUUCAUUUUGUAUACUAGUGAUUUAAUUGAAUUUGUUUUUAAUGUGUUAUAGUAACCUUUUUAAACUUGAACGUUUUAGAUAUGUUUUGUGAGACAUGAGAUCUGCUCUGCUUUACAUUUUUGUAAAUUUCGUAUUGUUAGAUGGUUAGUGUAGUAAGUUGAACAGAACCUUUAAAAAUGGAGUGUCUACUGACUGGUAUUCAUCAACCAUGUUUAUUUCCAAAACUUAUGAAUAUGAUGUUAUGUAAAGGGUGCGAACUUGCGUCACUAGUUGGCACUUUUAGGUCAAAAAUGUUUAGGUCCUGAACCAUUUGCGUCUGUUUGGGCAGUCGGGUAGUAUCACAAUCCCCCCGCAAACACAUGUAAAUAUGACUUAUAGGGAAGUACGCGAAUCUGUACUUGGUGAUAGAGUUAAAUCACAAUUAGAAAUGUUAUGAUUUGUUUAUUCAGGUUGGGAACAACUUCGGUGGGGGGGGAUGACUGACAUCAUGCUAUUUAAUCUAUGGUAUUAAUCGACUUCUUGAUCCGUCAUAUCUAAGCUUAAUAAUUAGCAUUCGAUAAUCAUAAAAAUGACGCAAUAUCGAUGGAAGAGUUGGUGAGUUUAACAUUGCAACGUAACGUAUCCCUCCUAACACAAGGUCUAUUUAUCUAUACCAUAUUUUUUUAUAGUUCUUCCACAGUGAUGGACAUACUUGUCUUUCAUAUGACUUCCUUGUGUCUCAAUUGGAAGUUUUUAAAAGUGAGAAUUUGAGUUACCUAUCUGCCUAAUUAGUUUGUCAGUCAUAUGCGACAGAGGACGUAGCACAUUUGUUAAUUGGUUUAAGUUGUCACAACAUAUCGCAACAAGAUAACAAUCAUUAAGUCAUGUUAAUCAACGUGUCCAACUACUAUUUAUAUCGUGCGGACCCCCAACCACAUUAUAUGUAUCUACCAACAUGGCUAAGUGCCCUCAAGCAUUGAGUUGGAGUAAUGUACAAGUUAUUAUGAUGAUUAGGAGUGUUUGAAUUACAGUCUGAACUUAGAAUCCCAGAAAUAACGUAAUCGAAUCAAGAAGUAC